AUGAAACCCUGCGCCAUGAUCAACCUUCAAGGGGGAAUUGGAUGGAAAUACGAGCCUCAAACUCAGCCUCAUCCCCCUAAUUAUACUCGCCAAGCCCAUCAUCAACCCACGGCUCCUUUUUUCACGAAUUACACACACGGCAUGCGGGAAGAAUCUGGACUACGAUCAGCUCUUGCGGACUUCAUUUUCUUCUCCUUCUUUUUCUUUUAUGUCUCUUUUAUUCUGCUUUUUACUCUAAUGGUAUGCUGCGGUGGAAAUUCAUUGGUAAAGAUACGCAGGAAUGGCAAGCAACGCAUGGAGAAAAGUGAUCAUCAUGGCACGAAUAAAGGGGGGCCGUUUCGCUUUUUGCCUCAUAUCGUUUCCCGGGCGCGGCGAGUACGGGGUGGAGGAAUUGAAAGUGUAUGA